GGCGGGGCCGGUCCCGGUCUCAGCGGGGAGCGCUGCCGGAGCCACACGGGCGGCAGGUGAAGCCCGCUGAUGGGGCAGAGCAGGACCCACUCCAGGCUGGCACCAAACCUGGCACCAACCCUGCCCUGAGCAGCUCUGGCCCCCAAGCACUGAGUGCUGUGCCAGGGAAGAGCCCCCAUAACAGGGGCCUGGACAGCUCACCCAGGGCAGCUUCCAGCUGCCAGCAAGGAAGAAGCCUGUUUAGAAACAUUCUGGAAAUAAAGGAGUAGAGCCUGCCUUCGGAUCUUAGAGGAAGCAGCUGGGGUUUGUUCUUUCCAAAGUCCUCUCCCAGAGAGGAUCACCUACGUCUAACAUCACAGGCAGCAGCAUGAACCUGAAGAAGUACCUGGUCCGGGCGCUGCAUCGCCUGCAGAAGGGCCCUGGUUACACCUACAAGGAGCUGCUGGUCUGGUACUGCGACAACACCAACACCCACGGCCCCAAGCGCAUCAUCAAGGAGGGGCCAAAGAAGAAAUUAAUCUGGUUCUUCCUAACGUUGCUCUUUGCGUCCCUGGUGUUCUGGCAGUGGGGGAUCCUCAUCAACACCUACCUCUCCUACAAUGUCACCUCAUCUCUCUCCAUUGGCUUUAAGACCAUGAAGUUCCCUGCAGUCACCGUCUGCAACGCCAACCCUUUCAAGUACUCAGAGGUGAAGCACCUGCUGAAAGAGCUGGACAGGCUCAUUGAGGCGGCGCUGGAGAGGAUCCUGCAGCCCACGCCAGGGAACGGCAGCGAGAACGUGUCCCCGCCACUCGACUUGGAGCUCUGGAACCAGAUCCCCCUGGUCCUCAUUGACGAGCACGACAAAGACAAUCCCAUCAUCCUGGACAUCUUUGAGACCAACCAGACUGCUGGGGGCAAUGAAACUGCCAUGGGCAAGGAAACCAGUGUGAGCAAUGACACUGCUUGGGGCUACCAGAGCUCUGUGGAUAACAAAACCACAGGCAAUGAAACCACUGCUCCACCCACCCCAGCCAACACGACGUCGGAAGAGAAAAAGUACAAGCUGGCAGUGAAGCUGUGCAGCCAUCAGGGCUCUGACAACUGCACGUACAGGAACUUCACCAGCGCGGCGCAGGCAGUGACCGAGUGGUACAUCCUGCAAUCCACCUCCAUCCUCUCCAAGGUCCCGCUGCAUGAGAGGAUCAGGAUGGGCUACCAGGCAGAGGACAUGAUCCUGGCGUGUCUCUACGGGGCUGAACCCUGCAACUACAAGAAUUUCACCCAAAUCUACCACCCAGACCAUGGUAACUGCUACAUCUUUAACUGGGGCAUGGAUGAAGAGGCUUUGAAUUCUUCCAACCCUGGGGCCGAGUUUGGGCUGAAGCUGAUUCUGGACAUCAGCCAGCAGGACUACAUUCCCUACCUGUCCUCUGCCGCUGGGGCCAGGCUCAUGCUGCAUCAACAGAAGAGCUUCCCCUUCCUCAAGGAUCAGGGCAUCUACGCCAUGGCUGGGACAGAAACCUCCAUUGGAGUGCUGGUGGAUGAGCUGGAGCGGAUGGGUUAUCCCUACAGCGACUGCACCAUGAACGGCUCCGAUGUCCCUGUCAAAAACCUCUACAGCCAAUAUAACACCUCCUACUCCAUACAGGCCUGCCUGCGCUCCUGUUUCCAAAACCACAUGGUCGAGAUCUGUGGAUGUGGGCACUACAUGUUCCCUUUACCUGAAGGGGUGAGCUACUGCAAUAACGAGGAUAACCCGGGCUGGGCAUAUUGCUAUUCCUCACUGAGAUCCAGCAUAAAACAGCGACAGAUCUGCAUUGACUCCUGUAAAGAAACAUGCAAUGACACACAGUACAAAAUGACCAUCUCCAUGGCAGAUUGGCCAUCGGAAGCCUCUGAGGACUGGAUUUUCCAUAUUCUGUCUUAUGAAAGGGAUAUGUCAACAAAUGUGACUCUGGACAGGAAUGGUAUCAUCAAGCUGAACAUUUACUUCCAGGAGUACAACUACCGCACCAUCUCGGAGUCAGCUGCCACUACGAUCGUGUGGCUGCUGUCGAGCCUGGGAGGCCAGUUUGGGUUCUGGAUGGGAGGCUCAGUGCUGUGCCUCAUUGAGUUUGGGGAGAUCAUCAUCGACUCGCUGUGGAUCACCAUCAUCAACGUGAUCGGCUGGUGCAAAGGCCUGAAGCAGAGGCGGGCACAGGCGCGGUACCCAGAUGCUCCCCCAACGGUGUCAGAGCUGGUGGAGGCUCACACCAACCUGGGCUUCCAGCAUGAGGCCACGGGGGCUCUGCCCAGGGACGAGGUGCUGCCCCCCGAGCCUGGCACCCCCCCACCCAACUAUGACUCUCUGCGUGUGCAGCCCCUCAACGUCCUCGGUCCCGACAGCGACGCGGAGACCGAGUGAGCAGAGUGCCCUGUCAGCUCCCGCCAGCCACUGCUGUGCUGUGUGGCACUUGCUGGGCAACCAUCUGUCAAAAUUAGUAGGGAAUUAAAAGCCCAAGCUGUCCUCUCCUAUGACUGAUUGCUGGGAGGGAGCUCUGCCUAAUAAACCCUGCAAUAAACCUCACAGAGUCAGGCUUUGGCUUUAGUGUGUAGAGCUUGUGUAUAUCAGUAUUGCUGUAAAAUCAUGUCACCAUGUCUCGUUACCAGGUGGGUGGGAAGCAAUUCCCAGUGAGCAGAGCAAGGUGGUGGCAGGGAGAGGAUAGGAUAUUCUGACAGUGGAUGCAAGGUCAUGGCCUGGUAGACCACAGAACCCUAGAAGAGUUUGUGUUGGAAGGGACCUUAAAGACUCUCAUUCUAUCCCCUUCUCCAGCACUCUUGGCUGCAGAGAUGGGGCACAGCGUGUGCUGCAGCUGUGCCAUACCAUGGAUCAGAGCCUUGCGAUGGGACCAAAGCUACUUCUGACCUCUGAGGCUGCAGAAUUUCCAUUCCCAAACUACAAGGGAAACAGCAAAAACUGAACUCUCCCUUCACAGAGCCCCUGUGUGCCCUGUUGUGCUGCUGACCAGGGUUUGUACCACUCAUGGUGCAGGUGGUGUUGGUGUGUGCCAAGGCUAAGACUCCACAGAGACUCGGGGGUGGGAGGAAGCACCAGCCUGUUUAACUAUCAUUCUUGCAAUAAUAAAAAAAUUGAUUUAAAA